AUGUUGACCGGCCUUUUUCGGAUGUUACUCUUUGUCAGCGCUGGCGGGGCUCUCUCCCUCGCUUGGGCGCUGAUGCCAACGGCAGCAGAUGGCGUCGGUGGAGCGGGGCCACAGGCAUGCACGACCCCCGAGGGCGUCACCGUUGAGUUUCCAGAAAAUGAAGAAGCGGUGAAGUUCAGGUGUGGCACCGAUCACACAUUCAUUGACCCUGAAAAUCCCCUAUACGUGUACGAAGUGAUAGAAGAUACCGAACUCAUUACCCAACAUCUGGUUACCGGAGCCAGUGCUUUGAAUGAGGAGAGAGAAGAAGGCCCGGCUCCACUGGAGCCUGCUCAACGGCUGCUUACGCAUUUGUACGAAAACGCCGAAUUAACCGGUCCUGAAGACGAAUCAAAUGGCAAACUCUACACCCUUAGAAUACCCAUCGCCUCUCGCAACGUUCCGCGAAAGCUAAAGUACAUUUGCACACAAAGGAGGCCAAAACACUCAGAGGACCUUGUGAUGGCGUGUCCAGUUACGAUAACGGUUCCUGCAAAAAAGCCGGACGAACCAGACCCUUUGCCCGACCACGAAGAUGGCGGAGACCAGGGAGGUGAUGUAGUCAAGUGCAAACAAGGAGAGAAGCAUGAGGCACUCGUUUCACGCGAAGAGCAGGUGGUACGCUUCCAGUGUGGAGCAGAGGUGAACUCUCUGCUGCCGCCAGAAAAACUCAGCGUCUUUGACAAUGAAAACGGCGAAUGCAAAAAGCCAGCUGACCUCUCCGGCCUCGUUCCCAAAGCCACACGUUCGGAAGCUGAAAAUGGAAUCUACACUGUAACGUUUCCGCAGCUACCGACGACCAAACAGGCCCUCUGCUACAAAUGCACUGCAGCUUCUUCCUUGUCCUUCCGAGCUAGUGACUGUGAGAUCAAAAUCACUGUGUCCCCUCGGGCAAGUACCUCGACUCCGGAGCCGACCACCUCGAGCACAGUGUCAAAGCUACGACCAACCGACAGCAAGACGAUUACUGGAACUUUCGUCGCUAGCGUUUUGGGUGUUGCCCUGGUUGCCUGA